CGCCACCAUACGCGAAUGGGUAGAAGUUGAGCCUCUGCUGAGGCUUCUGCUUCGCCCAGCUGAUCGACUACCUCGUGCUUGCUCGUGCCUAGACGUCAGUUGAGCAAAAAUGGUGUUAUACAAUGUGUUGUUGAAUGGGGUGAGAAUGUUGCCACUUGUUAGAACUAUAGUAGUUGAUAGUGCUUGUGGUGGGUAUAUUGCACAGAUGACAAAUAUCAGUUUCACAAAUAUAAGUAAACAUUGUUCGUAUUCUACGAAUUCAAAGAGAAUAACUGAACGUCAACUCAACCCUCAAUCAACCAACAUCGAUUCACCCAAUGGACCACCUGUGAGUCCUAAAAUUACCGUUCUGUCUGGAGUAUCAUCGGUUGUCAUAAUGACUCUAGAAGCAGCAGAGCGAAUAGCCAAACGUAGGAAUCUGAGACUGGUCAAAAUUACUGACUAUGAUCCAAAGACACGCAAGCCUACUUACAAAAUGAUGACAGGUGCUGAAUACUUCCAAGACGAACCUAACAGGCGGCAGCAAAAAGUGCUGAAAAGACAGACCGAAAUUAAGGAUUUCAAACUGAUUUCUAUGACAACUAAAAUUGACAAUAACGACUUGAAGUCCAAGACAAAAAGUAUUGUUAAGUGGUUGAGCAAAAGACAUGAAGUUAGAGUCACUGUUGGUAUUCUGCAAAACAUUCAGACGGCGGAAAACAUAUGCACGUUAAUUGAAAAUGAGACUAAGCAUCUUGGAAAAAUUCAAUCAAAAUUGCAAAAGGGUAAUUCGAUAAGGUUCCAAAUUAUGCCAGAUGUGGAAAAGAUUGAAAUACAAAAACCUGAAGAAGCUGAAGCAAAGACAAAACCUCAAGAAUCCACUUGAUCCUCCAUAUGUUUAUGGAGUGUUUGCAAUUGUAGCAUACUCAUUUUGUCAUUGUUUAUUAUGUUCUUACUGCAAGUCAUUUGUAUCAUAAAUUAGUGACUUACGAGAUUAAAAAAUUUCCAACAACUUACGAGUAUAAAUGGAUAAUGUUGUAAAUAGGUUGGAAGGACAAAGCAGAAUAAUUGUUGUGAGAAAAUGGAAGAGAAUUCCACUUUUAAUGCGUACACUCAAUUAUUGAUAGAUUUAUAUUUUUGCGAAAUUAUAAAUUCAAUGUUACAUAGAAUGAAAAAUGUCUCUCAUGAUUAAACGGAGUGUGUGACAAAA